UGUGUUGACAGCUGUCUUUCGUUGUAAAGUGCCUUCGUACCCCGACAGUUUUGUUGUUGUUUUUUUUUACGGCUUAUUCAAAACGACCUUGAUUGUCGACUCCCCACGACAAAACAUGGAGAAGUACGAGAGGAUUUUGUGUUUGGGCCGAGGAGGAGCGGCAGACGUCUUCCUCAUGAGGCAUGUAGAGCGGAGGAGCCUGCACGCAGUCAAGAGGGUGAAAGUGGAGGAAGGGAGGGCGGCGAAAACACACAGAGCUGUCCUCCAGGAGGCUGAGAUCAUCAGGAGGUUGGAGCACCCUCAUAUUGUGACAUGUAGCGAUGCCUUUGUGAACUCAGACGAUGGAUUUAUUUACAUUGUGAUGAACUAUUGUGAUGGUGGGACAUUAGAUGACAAAGUGAAAGAGAGGAAGCCGGGGGAGUUUUUCACAGAGGAUAUUGUGAUGGGGUGGUUCGUGCAGGUGACUGUGGCUGUAAAUUAUGUACACAGGGCUAAAAUACUACACAGGGACAUAAAGACCUCAAAUGUGCUGCUCACAAAGCAAGGUGUGGUAAAAUUAGGGGACUUUGGGAUAUCCAAAGUAAUGAACAACACAGCUGACAUGGCCUCCACAUGUGUUGGGACACCCAGCUACCUCAGUCCUGAGCUUUGCCAGGACGUCCCAUACAGCUCCAAGUCCGAUAUCUGGGCUCUUGGCUGUCUGCUGUAUGAGGUCUGUGCUCUCAGACCACCGUUUGCAGCCUCAAACCUCCUGAGUCUGCUGUACAAGAUCACCAAAGGGGAGUUCGACCCCGUGCCUUACAUAUACUCGGACAACACCUCCUCCUUGAUAAAAAGGAUGCUCUGCCUUCAGCCAGAAAACAGGCCAAGUGCUGCCUGUAUACUCAGCAGUGCCUAUGUGCAGGAUCACCUAAAGAAUAUCUCACACAGAGAAACAGACUGUGCCCCUGUGACUGAAUCUAAAGGGGAGAGCUGUGACAUUAAUAUAGAGGAGAAAACACACACCAUGGAGGGCAGUCUCAGUGAUGUGGGGCAGGAUGAAGAUUGUGAUUAUUUGUGUGCUGCAGGACAAAAACAGUGUGACUGCCACUAUCCUGAGGACUUUGAUGAGGAUGAAAGUGUGUCCUCUCUGGAGGAACACAGCGAACACCCAGGUUCUCCGAUGAGGAGCGAUUCUGCUGAGCCCACUGUAUUUCCAGAGGUUCCUGACAUUUCAGAACAAGGUGACUAUCCAGAUGACUUUGAGGAAGAUGAGGAGAGGGAUGAUUAUGAGGAUGAAGAGGACUUAGUCCAAGCUGCUGAGGAGGAGCAGCCACAUGAUGAUGGAGUGGAGGAGGAGUUUCAGCUCCGUGACGCUGGAGGAUUGAUCAUUACACUGAAAGCAUUGAAGGAAAAGGGCUAAAAACACUUUUACAGCCUUAAAAACACGAUUCUAUCACAAUGGACUGUGAUGUGAAAUACAGGGACCUUAUCAGCUGGAGUGUUAGAAGCUGUUAACGUGAUCAAAACAAGUGGCUGUUUGUUAAUGUUCAUUUAAUUUUCCAAAGGGCCUUCUCUGUUUGAGAAACAUCUACUGCCACAGAUAAGCCUGAGAGUGUGCUGAUGUUUCAUUGCUAGAUGAUGUUCACACUUGGUGGGGCUAGAGAAAAUGAAUGAAGUCCUGCUCAGUGUGCACUGCUGGUGCAGCUGAUCAGUGACAAAUAAUGACAAAAUAAGUUACUAGACUACUACUUUAUAAUAGUAUAUAGUCCUAGUUACUACUAGGACUAUAAUUACUCUUAGAUUAUCAUAUUACAAUAGCACAGGUAAAAAUAUUACAUCACAACUUUCAGAAAUGAUUUAAAAGCACUAACAGGGAGUCUAACGGUUUAAUUUGGGUUUCUUCAUAUCUAUUACAUGUAUCAGUACUUCAUAAUCUAUGUGUCAUAUUCUUCCAAUGUUCUGUCAGUGUUAAAACAUCUGAAAUGAAACGUUCUUUUUUUAGUUUUUAUCUUUGGUUCAAAAUGAGAUAAAAGCACAAAUAUGCAUGCAGCUAAGCCUUCAAAGGAAGUCUGUGGUGUAUGCAGCUGCCACAAAGAUAUUAUGAUAACACAUAAUGUAACGCAAAUCAAGAUUAAAAAAUAAGGGACUGGAAACACAUGCAAACUGAAAUUAAAGUGCAAAUUGAACUUUAAAUAUAAUAUAAUAUAAGGUCUAAAAAUUAAUAAUUAAAAAUAAAAAAAAUACAAAUAAAAAAAAUAAAAAAAAUACAUUUGAAACACUUCUUUUGUUUUGGCCUGAGAUGCUGCAAUUUUGUGUCUAUUUUGUGGAUUGUUUUUGAUCAUCCAAAGGUAAGCUAAUAUUGAGCUUUUUGUUGAUGUAUUUUAUUGAUACAAGAAACUCUGUUGCUCCAACAAAAGGUGUACGUAUGUUGUUACUCUGUCGAUUUAUAGCAUUUUCUAAAAGUGUUUUUAAAGUGGGGCUAUGCUACAUCACUUCUCCAGCUUAUGGACCAUGGUUUCACCAUGUCCUCUGUUGGACACUCCUCCUAGCUCUGCAAGCCUGGGAAGAAUGGCCUAAAGCUACAUAUCUACAUGCUGAGCCCGUAUAUAUGUAAGAACCCCAUUGGCUGAUACGUAUGUGGAUGCAUAUGAUUGUUUGUUUUUAAUUUUGCUGCUUCAUACUUAUCCUAUUUAAAUGUUGUCUUUAAGUAUGUUUUAUGAUGACCCUGAUGAAGGCCACAAGCCAAAACAUUUUGGUAUAACAAUA